GUGGCCUUCCGGUUCCUCUAUUGGAUCAGCUGACUCUGAUGCUGCUGUCAGGAGACCUCACGAUCUGCGCUGAAUGGCAACUAUGAACAUUAUCAAGCCAUAGAAACACUACAGGCAACUGUAUUUCCACCAGUAACACCAACGCAGUUUGUACACGGUUUUUUGUAGCUUCUCCAGAGCCGUAAAGAUGACCGAGUUUUGGCUGAUCUCUGCUCCUGGUGAGAAGACCUGUCAGCAGACAUGGGACAAAAUGAUGGCAGCAACCACACGCACUAACAACCUUUCCUCUAAUCACAAGUUCAGCAUCCCAGACCUCAAAGUUGGAACACUUGAUGUCUUGGUCGGACUUUCAGACGAACUGGCCAAAUUAGAUUCAUUUGUUGAAAGUGUGGUGAAAAAGGUCGCUCAGUACAUGGCUGACGUGCUGGAGGACAGUCGAGACAAAGUGCAGGAGAACCUGCUGGCCAAUGGAGUUGACCUUGUCACCUACAUCACGCGGUUCCAGUGGGACAUGGCGAAAUAUCCCAUUAAACAGUCGCUUAAAAACAUCUCAGAAAUCAUCUCAAAGCAAGUAACCCAAAUUGACAAUGACUUAAAGGCCAGAGCAUCAGCCUAUAAUAACCUGAAGGGAAACCUGCAGAACUUGGAAAGGAAGAAUGCGGGGAGUUUGCUGACCAGGAGCCUGGCUGAUAUUGUCAAAAAGGAUGAUUUUGUCCUGGAUUCAGAGUACCUCAUUACUAUGCUGGUGGUUGUACCAAAAGUAUCCUAUGCUGACUGGCAGAAAACAUAUGAAACACUGGCUGAGAUGGUGGUGCCCCGAUCCACAAAUCUGCUGUUUGAGGACAAUGACAGUGGGUUGUUCAGCGUUACUUUGUUCCGGAAAGCCAUAGAUGACUUCAAACACAAAGCCAGAGAGAGCAAAUUCACAGUGAGAGACUUUCAGUACAAUGAAGAGGAGAUGAAGGCCGACAAGGAGGAGAUGACGAGGCUCUCCACAGAUAAGAAGAAACAGUUUGGUCCCCUUGUCCGAUGGUUAAAAGUGAACUUCAGUGAAGCCUUCAUUGCAUGGAUUCACAUUAAAGCAUUAAGAGUCUUUGUGGAAUCUGUUCUGAGAUAUGGGCUGCCAGUGAACUUUCAGGCCAUGCUUCUGCAGCCUAGCAAGAAGACAAUGAAGAAGCUGCGGGAGGUGCUUAAUGACCUGUACAAACACCUGGACAGCAGCGCAGCCGCUAUCAUUGACUCUGCAAUGGACAUCCCAGGCCUGAACCUGAGUCAGCAGGAGUACUAUCCCUACGUCUACUACAAGAUCGACUGCAACCUGUUAGAUUUCAAAGUUUAAACUGUCGUCUUCAUGCUGCGUGUUUAUUAAGUUAUGUUCUUCCUUGCUCAAACAUCCCCCACUUCCCACGCUGUCCCCUUCCUGGUUUGCUUCUGCGAUGACUGUGCUGCAUGAUCAGUCCCUGUGGUAAAAAUGUUCAUUAAAACACUUCUACCACUUUUACAACCAGGGGGCAAAAAUACUUUUUAUAUAUAUUGUUCUUGUUUAAAGUUUGUUUCUCUUUUUAACACCAGUGAUUAGAUUUUUUUUUCGAUGUGAAGUGAAUAAGGAAAUCAUACUGGAGAGUUAUAUAUUCACUGUGUCAUUCCACUUGUGCUGGUGUGUAUUUAUAGCUGCCUCUGUGUUGGUGUUCAGAGAUUUAUGUUUACAUAUGGUUAGUUUCAUCAUUGUACCCAUGGCAGCCACACCCGCUCUGCAUUUUGGAGUUUAAGAGAGACCCCCUGCAGAUGUCGUAAAAACAAAGUUCUUAUCCGAGUGUGUGUUGUUGUUUCUUGUUGCGUGUAUCAGCUGUUGAAAAGAGAUCUAUAUCUGAGUGUUGUGAAAACAACUGAUUAAAUAAAUGAUUCUAUGUAAUUAAAACCAAGGAUUUAUGUGUAAAUAAGACAGCUAAGACCUGGAUACUGGACUGUGAUUUAUUGGUUAGUCACACAAUUAUGUGCAUGUGAUGAAUGUAAAACACAUAGGCAGCAACUGUUUAAUAAAAGGUUAUCCUCCAUAAA